AUGCAAAGACAUGUCAAGGUCGAUGGUAAGGUCAGAACUGAUGCUACCUACCCAGCUGGUUUCAUGGAUGUCAUCACUUUGGAAGCCACCAACGAAAACUUCAGAUUGGUCUACGACGUCAAAGGUAGAUUCGCUGUUCACCGUAUUACCGAUGAAGAAGCCUCUUACAAAUUAGGUAAGGUCAAGAAAGUUCAAUUAGGUAAGAAGGGUGUUCCAUACGUUGUUACCCACGACGGUAGAACUAUCAGAUACCCAGACCCAAGCAUCAAGGUUAAUGACACCGUUAAGAUUGACUUGGCUACUGGUAAGAUCACUGAUUACAUCAAAUUCGACGCUGGUAAAUUAGUCUACGUUACUGGUGGUCGUAACUUGGGUCGUAUCGGUACCAUCGUCCACAAGGAAAGACAUGAUGGUGGUUUCGACUUGGUUCACAUCAAGGACACUUUGGACAACACUUUCGUCACCAGAUUGAACAACGUUUUCGUUAUUGGUGAACAAGGUAAGCCAUACAUCUCCUUGCCAAAGGGUAAGGGUAUUAAAUUGACCAUUGCCGAAGAACGUGACAGAAGAAGAGCUCAACAAGGUUUGUAA